CUCAACCAAUCCACCAUCAGUUGCCAGCGAGCGUGCCCAUAUCGCAUUCCACAGCCACAGCGAAAGCCAAAGCCCCGACCAACAGCUCAAUCCUUCAACAACUGGCCUCCGAAAACGGCCCCCACACGCUMUCUCUGAGCCAUACCCACCUUUUUUUUCUCCCCCAUUUCUCCUCAAACACUUGUUCAGCAGCAACCGGCGCCUGCCAAUCGAAGAACCCAUCACCUCCUUGCAAUGUCUCUGCGACCCACCACGCGAACCGAGGUCCGCAAGAAGUCUUACAAGACCGGCGUCGACGCCGAUGAGGCCAGGCGGAGGAGAGAGGACAAUCUGGUCGAGAUCAGGAAGAACAAGCGCGAGGACAACUUGCUCAAGAAGAGGAGGGAGGGUCUUCUCUUGCAAUCCCAGCAAUUGCUUGAUGCUGCCCAGAAUGCMGCCGCCGUCGAGAAGCGCUUGGAGAGUAUUCCGGUGUUGGUACAAGGAGUGUGGUCUGGUGAUACAGCAGCACAACUGGAAGCAACUACUCAAUUUAGAAAGCUAUUAUCUAUUGAGCGUAGCCCCCCAAUUGAUGAAGUAAUCAAAGCCGGUGUAGUUCCCAAGUUUGUGGAGUUUCUUGGAAGGCAUGAUCUACCCCAGUUGCAAUUUGAAGCUGCAUGGGCGUUGACCAAUGUUGCGUCUGGAACAUCAGAGCAUACACGAGUUGUCAUUGACCAUGGUGCUGUUCCUAUUUUUGUGCAGCUUUUAAGCUCAGGCAGUGAUGAUGUUAGGGAACAGGCUGUGUGGGCCUUAGGUAAUGUUGCUGGUGACUCUCCAAGUUGUAGGGAUCUUGUUCUUGGCAAUGGUGCACUAAUGCCAUUACUUGCGCAACUAAAUGAGCACUCUAAAUUAUCCAUGCUGAGGAAUGCAACAUGGACGUUAUCUAAUUUCUGUCGUGGGAAGCCCCCAACGCCCUUCGAUAAGGUGAAACCUGCUCUACCAGUUCUAAAGCAACUGAUCCACUUGAACGAUGAAGAAGUUCUAACAGAUGCCUGCUGGGCUCUCUCCUACCUUUCAGAUGGCCCAAAUGACAAAAUUCAGGCUGUAAUAGAAGCAGGAGUUUGCCCAAGACUUGUGGAGCUUCUGCUACACCAAUCACCUUCGGUUUUAGUACCAGCUCUUCGGACAGUUGGAAACAUUGUUACUGGUGAUGAUGCCCAGACCCAGUUUGUGAUUGACAACCAAGUUCUACCUAAUCUCUAUCAACUUCUCACCCAAAAUCACAAAAAAAGCAUCAAGAAAGAAGCUUGUUGGACAAUCUCAAACAUCACUGCUGGAAAUAGAGCUCAGAUACAGGCAGUUAUUGAGGCCAAUAUUGUCCUCCCUCUUGUUCAUCUCCUCCAACAUGCAGAAUUUGACAUCAAGAAGGAGGCUGGGUGGGCCAUUUCCAACGCUACCUCUGGAGGAUCUCAUCAGCAGAUUCAAUUUCUGGUGAGCCAAGGUUGCAUCAAACCACUCUGUGACCUUUUAACCUGCCCGGACCCAAGGAUCGUGACGGUGUGCCUGGAGGGGCUCGACAACAUACUCAAGGUUGGUGAGGCUGACAAGGACAUGGGCAUGAAUGGAGGAAUAAACAUCUAUGCACAAGCCAUUGACGAGUGCGACGGACUCGACAAGAUCGAAAACUUGCAGACCCACGACAACAACGAGAUCUACGAGAAGGCGGUGAAGAUGUUGGAGAGAUACUGGGCGGAAGAGGACGAGGAGCAGGAGCAGAACCCGCAGCAGCAGAAUGGAGACGUGAACCAACAGGGCUUCGCAUUUGGUGCAAACCAGCCAAGUGUUCCUCCUGGUGGGUUCAAGUUUGGUUGAAGAAGAAAGUGUUAUUACCAUCAAAGAUUUGUAGGUCCCAUGUUCUUGUUUCUUUUCUUGAUUGGUGUUAGUAGUGAAGUUUCAACUUUUAUAUUUGUUUAGGUGGUGUCUGGUUCACAAGGGUCAGGGUUUUUGAUCUGGUCCACGGCUGUUAUUCUUCUGGAGUUUUGUUUUUGAUUUUUUUUUGUCAGCCAGCGUUUUAUAUCAUAUCAAUGUCAAGCCUUUUUCUUUUCUUCUCAAUACUAUUUUGUGUUCUUCUUCAGUAUCCAAAACUUGACUUUGUAUGUA